CCAAACCCUAACAACCUAUUUCUCCCCUCCGCCGCUCCCCACAACAAACCCUAAUCCCCAUCCCAAAAUGACCACCCGCUUGAAGAAGAAUCGCAAGAAGCGCGGCCACGUCAGCGCCGGCCACGGUCGUAUCGGCAAGCACCGCAAGCAUCCUGGAGGUCGUGGAAACGCCGGAGGAAUGCACCACCACCGCAUCCUCUUCGACAAGUACCAUCCCGGGUAUUUCGGCAAGGUCGGUAUGCGUUACUUUCACAAGCUCCGUAACAAAUUCUACUGCCCCAUAGUCAACAUCGACAAGCUCUGGUCAAUGGUCCCGGAAGAUGUGAAAGAGAAGGCGACUGGUGAUAAGGCGCCGGUGCUUGAUGUGACGCAAUUGGGCUACUUUAAGGUGCUGGGGAAGGGCUCUGUGACGAAGCCGAUUGUGGUGAAGGCCAAGCUGGUGUCGAAGAUUGCGGAAAAGAAGAUUAAGGAGGCGGGAGGUGCUGUUGUGCUUACUGCUUAGGUUUGGUUGUUUCUGUUUUAAUUAAAAUGGAUUUUAUUGUUUGUAAUGGUUAUUAUGGAUUCUCGCGUUGCGGAAUACUGUUUUUGGAUAAUUUUAUGGUUAAUGGUACUUUUAGUUUUGGAA